UCAGUUCCAUCUUUUUUGUUCCCUUUGUGAUAAAUGUUGAUUCGUAUCUUGCAUGUUGUCAUUGCUACUGCGUGUGUGGCAUACAAACUUUGUACUUAGGAAGGCAUAUAAUUCAAAGUAGCACCUUCUACUUAGGAAGGCAUAUAAUUCAAAGUAGCACACAGAUGGAUGCAGGUCGUGCCAACUGGGAUGAUAACACUACAAAAAUAUUCCUAGACCUUUGCAUUGAUGAGAAGAACAAGCUCAACUACAACAAAAGGGGCCUAACCAAGGUAGGUUGGCACAACCUGUAUACAAAUUUCAAACAACAGACGGGCAGGAAAUAUUCCUGCAAACAGCUUCAGAACAAAUUUAAUGCCUUUAAGAGGCAAUACAAGGAUUGGAGGAAACUAAAGGACAAGAGUGGUACCGGGUGGAACAACAGUACCCGCACCAUUGAUUGCGAUGAUGAAUGGUGGGCAGCCCGAAUUGAGGAGAACGAGGCAAACAAACAUUUCCGUGGCAAGGCGUUUCCAUUCUAUGAUGAGUUAACCACUCUUUUCGGGACAACGGACACUGAAGGCGGUCCAAUGUUGUGUGUUGGUGGAAUUGGAGAUAGAACACCAAGCUAUGGAAGUGAAGACACCCCUGACCCAAUGGCGGAUGAAAAUGUUGACUGGUUGGAGGACACUGUUGGACGGUCUAGUGUGGGUCGUGUGUCGCAGAGGUCCGGAAAGGAGCAUGUUGUUGAUAGCCCAUCACCCAAGAGAACUAAGAGCAUGGAGUACUAUGUGGAGCGUAUAUCUGAGAGCAUGAUUCAAAGGACUAUGACUGAAAGAAAUCUAAUCAGCCGUGAGGAAGAGGAGGUUACAGAAAUGCUGCACCUUGUCGAACAAGAUGGUGUACCGAAUGGCCUGAAGGUCUUCACGAUGAAUGAGGUGGCUAUCAACAAGUGA